UUGAUUUGGCUCUAUAUUGCUAAAUCCAGUCACCUCCCUAACUCUAAGGCAUCUGCUGGAGGGACAGCUUCCUUCUCACUGAAUCCCUGCUCAGCCGAAACCCUAGUGAGCAUCAUGUUCCUGUUUCCAUCACUCCCUCUUCUUCUCCUGAGUGUGGUAGCAGCAUCUUAUUCAGAAACCAUAACCCACGAGGACAAUGCAAACAACUGCCCAACAAUUGCCUGCUAUUCUCCAGGCAUGAAUGGCUUCCCAGGCAAAGAUGGACGUGAUGGCUCAAAGGGAGAAAAGGGAGAACCAGGUGAAGGGCUCAGAGGCUUGCAGGGCCCUCCUGGAAAGAUGGGGCCUCCAGGAAACCCAGGUCCUCCUGGGUUACCUGGAAAAACUGGCCAAAAAGGAGACCCUGGAGAAAUUCGAGAAUGUGAUACCAGCGUGGCUGAUUCUGAAAGAGGAGCUCUGCGAGCAGAAUUAGAGAAAAUUAAAAAGUGGCUGUUCUUCUCUUUGGGCAAAAAAGUUGGGAAGAAAUUCUUCUUGAACAAUCAUAGAAAGAUGAGCUUUAGUGAAGUAGAAGCUCUGUGUGCCCAAUUUCAGGCCUCUGUGGCCAUCCCCAGUAAUGCUAAAGAGAACAGUGCCAUCCAGAGCCUGAUCAAUGGCGACGCCUUCCUAGGAAUUACAGAUAAGGGAACAGAAGGCCAGUUUGUGGAUCUGAAAGGAAGGGCACUGAGCUAUCAAAACUGGAAUGAGCAUGAGCCCAAUGAUGCUGGAUCUGGGGAAGACUGUACAGUGAUCAAGCCAGAUGGCAAGUGGAAUGAUGUGUCCUGCUCCUCCUCCUAUUUUGCAGUCUGUGAGUUCUCUGGCUGAAAGAACUCAACUCUCAGAACGCCCCCACCCCAUCCCUUUACUGUACCACACAGGCCAAAAAUCUACCUUGAAAAUAAAUUCUGUCAAUAUCUUUGUAUUCA